AUGGGCAACUUCUGUCCUGGUGGAUCUUCCACUGUUCAACAUGAACAUAGUCCUGUCUCCACCAAUCCCCUCCCAGUGGUGAGACGUAUGCAAAGUCCAGUGAACGAAAAGCUUCCGCCGGCGUUGGUGGCGAUGCCACCCGGUAGAGGACUGAAACCCAAGUUUCCGGCGGCGGAGACAGGACAAAAGACGAGAUCCGUCAACAACCCUCCACGUGAAAAACCAUUGCAGGGGACAAGAUCCGUCGAUAACCCGCCUCGUGAGAGAUCAUCGCUGCAGGGGACAAGAUCCGUCGAUAAUCAACCUCGUGAGAAAACACCGGAGAGGACGAGUCCGCCAUUAAAGCCGCCGGCAGAGAAACUAGGUGGAGGUAAAAAGGCACUGCCGCCGAGCGGGAAGAUAGUGACGCCGAAUCUAAAGAUGUUCACAUUAGAUGAGCUUAAGACGGCGACCAAGAACUUCCGGCCGGAGUCGAUGAUCGGAGAAGGAGGAUUCGGACAGGUGUUCAAAGGAUGGGUGGACGAGAAGACUUUAGCUCCGUCGAGAGUCGGCGUGGGAAUACCGGUGGCGGUUAAGAAAUCGGAUCCUGAUAGUGCUCAAGGCUUACAUGAAUGGCAGUGUGAAGUGAGAUUCUUAGGGAAGUUUCAUCAUCCAAAUCUGGUGAAGCUCUUGGGUUAUUGCUGGGAAGAAAAUCAAUUCCUCUUGGUCUACGAGUAUCUGCCUAAAGGAAGCCUUGAAAAUCACCUCUUCUCAAAAGGAGAGGCGCUGACGUGGGACACACGUUUGAAGAUAGCCAUCGAAGCAGCUCAAGGACUCACCUUUUUGCAUAACUCCGAGAAGAGUGUUAUCUACAGAGACUUCAAGGCUUCCAAUAUUCUUCUCGACUCCAACUUCAACGCCAAGCUUUCUGACUUCGGGCUAGCCAAACACGGUCCAAUUAAUGGAUUCUCCCACGUCACCACACGUGUCAUGGGCACACACGGUUAUGCAGCUCCCGAGUACAUGGCUACAGGUCAUUUAUAUGUGAGGAGUGAUGUAUACGGUUUUGGAGUUGUACUCUUAGAGCUUUUAACCGGUCUAAGAGCACUAGACCCAACUCGACCAUCUGCGCAACAGAAUCUCGUGGAAUGGGCUAAACCGGUUCUGACCCAAAAGAAAAAGAUCCAGAAAAUGAUGGACCCACGGCUCGAGCAUAAGUAUCCACUUAUAGCGGUGGUCAGAACCGCUGGACUCAUCCUACGGUGUCUCGAGGCUGACCCAAAGAACCGACCUCCCAUGGACGAUGUACUCAGAGAAUUAGAUAUCGUUAGGACUAUCAGAGACGAACCGAAAGAAGAGAAGCGUAAACGAACCACUGGUGGUUCAGAUAAAAACCGGACUAAUGGAUAUGGUUCACCACACGGCCGUCGAACCGGUCGAACCUGA